AGACAGAGAUCGGAACUUUAAUCAAAAAUCAAACAAAUUAUGGGCGACCCAACCUCAGAUGAUGAAAGUGGCUCGUCUGGUUCCAGUCGCAGUGGCAGCCGCAGUCGCAGUGCCACUCCGCACGGUAGCGCGCCGGGUUCUCCACGAAGUCGUAAAUCUGGAAGCGGAAGUCCCCGUUCACGUUCCGUCUCGAGAUCAUCCCGAUCAGGCUCUGACUCGCACCGCAGUGCCCGUUCGGGGUCGGUCCAUAGUCGCCGUUCGGGAUCCAGGCAAAGUCAUCGCUCUGAGUCGACGCACAGCAGACACUCUGGAUCAGUCCACAGCAAACGAGCUGGCUCUGUCCGCAGUAAACGCUCUGGGUCUGCCCAUAGCAAACGCUCUGGAUCUGCGCAUAGCAAACGCUCUGGGUCUGCCCAUAGCAAACGAUCUGGGUCAGCGCACAGCAGACGAUCUGGCUCUGCCCACAGCAGACGAUCUGACUCUGCCCACAGCAAGCACUCUGGUUCUCCCCAGAGCAACCGAUCCCACAGUCGCAGCCGCAGUCGCUUCCGUAGCGCCACACCGAAAGGCAGCGGGAAUGAGGAAUCGCGCUCGAAUUCUCCAAAUCUUCAAAUUGACGAUGAACGCGCCAACUCAAAGAGUAAGAGCCGCAGCCGCAGCGGCAGUCGCACCUCCAGGUCCCGCUCCAAGACGGGUUCGGCACGUUCCAAGUCGGGCACUCCCUCGCGUAGCCGGAGUCGUAGCGGCUCUGGAUCCGGCAGCGACAUUGCUGCGCCCAAAAAGAUGCCGCGUCGGGCAAGUGGCUCGGAAAAUGAGAAACGCAAGAGCGGAAGCGACAGUGACAUGGAAACCUCACCCACAAAGGCCAAGAAGUCGCGUUUGAUUGACUCGGAUAGCGAAAGCGACAAGGAAGAGACCAAGAAAGCUCCUGCCGCCGCGGACAUCUUUGGCGAUGCGGAUGACAUCAGCGAUGACGAGGAAGAGCCGCCGACCACAAGAAAAUCUCCACGUUCGCGAAGUCGCAGCAGGAGCAAGUCCCGAUCUCGUAGUCGCUCCGUAAGCCGUUCUCGAUCUCGGUCCAGGUCCAGGUCCCGGUCUCGGUCCCGCGCCAGAGCGCGCCCGGAAGCAGCGCCCAAGGAGUUGGAGCCGGAGCCAUUGCCCGAAACACGAAUCGAUGCGGAAAUCCCGCGCAUAGCUGCGGAUCUCGGCAAGGAGCAGCACUUCAUCAAGUUGCCAAAUUUUUUGUCUGUGGUUACGCAUCCCUUUGACCCGGAGACUUACGAAGACGAGAUUGACGAGGAGGAGACCAUGGACGAGGAGGGCCGCCAGCGCAUCAAGCUCAAGGUGAGCAACACCAUCCGUUGGCGCGAGUUCAUGAACAACAAGGGGGACAUGGUCCGGGAGUCGAACGCCCGGUUCGUGCGAUGGUCGGAUGGGAGCAUGUCCCUCCACCUGGGCAAUGAGAUCUUUGACGCCUAUCGACAGCCCCUGCUGGGCGACCACAACCAUCUCUUCAUACGCCAGGGCACCGGUCUCCAGGGUCAGGCCGUGUUUCGCACCAAACUGACCUUCAGACCGCACUCGACGGAGUCGUUUACUCACAAGAAGAUGACCAUGUCGCUGGCGGACCGCUCGAGCAAGACCAGUGGCAUCAAGAUACUCACGCAGGUUGGCAAGGACCCCACCACCGACCGCCCCAGCCAGCUCAAGGAGGAGGAGGCCAAGCUGCGCCAGGCCAUGCGCAAUCAGCACAAGGCACAGCCAAAGAAGAAGAAGGCUGGGACGGGAGAGCCGCUCAUCGGCGGUGGCACCUCCUCUUACCAGCACGAUGACGGCAGCGACGACGAGAAUGCCAUCAGCCUUAGCGCCAUAAAGAAUCGCUACAAGAAAGGAUCCGCCGGCGGCGUCCAGCCCGAGCCCAAGGCUUCCACCAUCUACUCCUCAGACGAGGAUGAGGGCUCCGACUUCGAGGCGCGCCGCAGCAAGAAGGUGGACAAGGCCAAGGCCAGCAAGGCACUCAGGGACUCCGACAGCGAGUCCGACGCAGGAAGUGCCAAGAGCGCAAAAAGUGGCGGCCGAGCGGGCAGCGCCAGCGGCAGCGACGACGAGGGAAGCCGCAAAAGCGGCACCAGCAAAUCCGGCAGUGGCAGUGGGAGUGGAAGCGGUUCCGGCAGCGGCUCAGGAAGCGACAAUGAAUGAAUUAUCUAUUAGAUCUGUCUAUUUCCUUGAUUCUUGUAAUAAAAGCUUAAAGAGUUGGUAUUCCCAGAUUGCACAAUAUUUUAUACUCGCAUC